AUGCAACCAAGGAAACAGUCCAAGACAAGGUACGAUAUUAUUACCUACCUGGGCAAACUCAUCUAUUAUUAUAAUUAUACAGAGGAAGAGGACGCGAAGAGAAGGAAGACUACGACUAACGUUGGGGGGCAAAAACACAACUGGAUGAUAUCUAUAGACCGAAUUAGUCACUUACCUGAUGAAAUUCUUGUUAGUAUAUUGUCUCUAUUGUCGCUCAAGGAAGCAGCAAUUACUAGGAUCCUUUCUAAGCGAUGGCAGCAAAUAUGGGCGUCUACCGACACUCUUGACUUUGAUUCCAAGUUGGAUGUUGGUAACAAUAUUCGCUGCUUUAGACUCCUCACAUCGGAGUUAAGACACAAGAAAAGCCGUAGAUACGUCGAUUGGGUGAGUCGUGUAAUGGAACAACAUAAAGGUCCAAAAAUGAAACGAUUCAGGGCUUGUUUUUAUCUUGAUCGUCGUUUCACCACUUCCAUUGACAGAUGGAUUCAAAUUGCAAUGACAAAGGGAGUUGAAAUACUUGAGUUGGAGUUUUUUUUAGGAGACGGGUUCAUUGACAAAGGUCACUAUGCUUUUCCUUACAAAGUAUUAGGUCUUGAAAAAGUACCUAAUUGUUUUGGACACAAUAUUAUUGGUUUUAAGUCGCUCAAAGUAGUUAAUUUCAAACAUGUUGAUGUGGCUGGAGAAAUUCUCGAGUACUUGUUGUCUAACUGUCCAGGUCUUGAACAGUUAACAGUGUAUGCUUCCUCAAAUUUUGGCAAAUCUAAGAGUUGUUGGUUCAUCAUCGGCUGCAUUGAAAUUCGUGAAGCAGCAAACCUUGUUUCCUUUAUUUACCAUGGAGGUUCAGUACGCUUGCUUCUCAGUGAUGUACCGUUGCUCACUGAAGUAUCCAUUGAAGAGGUUGACUGGGGUGUUGAUUCCAAAAGGGUUGUGUUGCCUCAACUUUCAUGCUGUCUCUCUCAGCUAGAGAUUCUCAUGUUGAAUAUCACCCCAAUGACACUGGACGACGAUGAUUUUGGCCCACUUCAGAAUCAUGCAUUUCCUAUAUUAGCAAAUCUCAAGCAUUUGGAAUUAAUAGUUGCAGCAUAUUAUUGCUGGUCUCUUCAUCACUUAAGUUCUUUCAUGAAGGUAUCUCCUUACUUGCAGAGACUUGUGUUGAAGGAAGGAAAAAAAAAGUGUAAACAGAAACUCAAUUGUUCUUCCCUUGGUGCAGAUGAAAUUCGUAGCAUGGAGGAGAGCAAAAGUAAAGACAGCUGCCAAAUGCCCCCAUCCUUACCUCAGGGUAGUAGAAAAAUAGUAGGGUAUCGUGGCCGUGCAUGUGCAGCUAAACAUGUCAUGUACCUAAUGAAGAAUGCUGUUUCACUAGAGAAAAUUGUUAUUGAUCCUGUUCUCAACCAUUCAACAGAUAAGAGAGUUGAAGAAGCCCUAGCAUUGAACGAUUCAGGGCUUGUUUUGAUAUUGAUCAUCGGUUUCACAAGUUCCAUUGAUAAAUGGAUUCAAUUUGCAAUGACAAAGAGAGUUCAAAUACUUGAAUUGGAGUUUAUUGUGGCAUUCAGUGUUAUUUACGAGGGUCACUAUGCUUUUCCUUACCCUGAUUUGAAACACUUGUGUCCGAGUCCUCUACACUCUGUUGGACACAAUAUUGGUGGUUUUAAGUCGCUCAAAGUACUUUCUUUCCGAUAUGUUGAUGUGACUGGAGAAAUUCUUGAGUACUUCUUGUUUCACUGUCCAGUUCUUGAACGCUUAACAGUGCAUGCUUCCACAAAUUUGGUAAAUUUAAGUGUUGUCGGUUCAUCGAUUGCAUUGAAGCACCUAAAGAUAGUACUUUGCUUUGGCAUCAGCAGCAUUCAGAUUCGUGAUGCAAACCUUGUUUCAUUUGUUUACAAUGGAGGGUUUGUGAAUUUGGACAUCAGUAAUGUUCCGUUGCUCAUUGAGGUAUCCAUUUUUGAGACUGACGAUGAUUUUGAGCUGGAUACCGAUAUCAUAAAGAUUGUCUUGGGCCAACUUUCACGUGUUGUUUCUCAAGUAGAGAUUCUUAGGUUGGAUAUCGAUCAACCGUGCUACCAUAUGUUUAAGUCACAGAUCUACGAUAAGAAGUAUGAAUUUCCUGUAUUUGUAAAUCUCAAGCAUUUGGAAUUAAUAGUUGAAGCAGAUUAUCGUUGGCUUCUUCAUCAAUUAAAUUCUUUCAUCAAGGCAUCUCCUUACUUGCAGAGACUUGCAUUGAAGCUGCAAUUUCAAACAUGGAGGUGCAAUGCAAAAUUAAAGAAAGCUGCAAUUUGCCCCCAUCAUUACCUCAAGGUAGUCGAAAUAGUAGGGUACCGUGGUCGAAGACUUGCCGUUACACAAGUCAUGCACUUAAUAAAGAGUGCGUUGCACUGGAGAAAAUUGUUAUUGAUCCUGUUCAGCGUUGGUUGUAUCCUAAGGGAAUGGAAAGGGUACUUGCAGAAGUCAAGAAGGAAGUGA